UAAACAAUCCAUUUCUCUACUUUUCUAGUCUUUUGUUGCUGAGGCUAUGUUGCUCAUGGCCACUAUCCUUCAUUUGGGAAAAUCCUCUCUUCCUAAGAAGCCAAUUACAGAUGAUGAUGUAGAUCGAAUUUCCCUGUGUCUCAAGGUCUUGUCUGAAUGUUCACCUUUAAUGAAUGACAUCUUCAAUAAGGAAUGCAGACAGUCCCUUUCUCACAUGUUGUCUGCUAAACUCGAAGAAGAGAAAUUAUCCCAGAAGAAAGAAUCUGAAAAGAGAAAUGUAACGGUACAGCCCGAUGACCCCAUUUCCUUUAUGCAACUAACUGCAAAGAAUGAAAUGAACUGCAAGGAAGAUCAGUUUCAGCUGAGUUUGCUGGCAGCAAUGGGCAACACACAGAGGAAAGAGGCAGCAGAUCCCCUAGCAUCUAAACUUAACAAGGUAACAAAAUGUCAAAUACACCGGUGAAUUAUUUAUAUGGGC